GGGAUCCCUCCCGUGACGUGGGGAAAAGUAAACUUUUUUUCUGGUCUCCAGCGGAAUCUGAUCUCGGGUCAACAACUCUUCACACAGUCCGCGUUUGAGCCACCGGAGAGGGUGAUGUGGGUCACUGUCGAUCCCGAACAAUCCGCUUAGACGCGAAACGUGGACGUGUUUUUUCUUCUUUUUGUUCGUGCUGUCGUGGGGACAGAAAGCAGCGCAGACCUGGUCAUGGAAAAGAAGUUAAACCCGGUCUGGUUCGGAGUUUUUCUCUCUGCAACGAUCCUAGUUUGGAGUCCAGUCAGCGGUGAGGCGUUUACUCUCUUUAAAGUAAACCUCAGACUUUAACUUGUGAGCGUCUUUUUCUGUGCAUUUGAACAGAUGUAGGUUUAAAUACUCACCUGAAUUAUUAAAAAAAUUAUAAUAAACUCCAAAAGUUCAUGUAACCUGAUCAAAAUAAGUCAGAAAAUCUGUUGCACAGCAGUGGACGAGUAUCCUACGGCAGCCUGUUUUAAUAGCGGUAAUAAAAUGUGGUUUCCUCGGCUGUGGAGUGGAAUGGUGACAGUAAAAACACUUCAAGUUACCCAUCUAUUCAAGAGGCAUAGUUCAGUCUGACAGUGGAGACAGAGCUUCAGUUAGUGGCCUCAUUUUCAGCUUGUAUUAAAGUACACAAUUAAUCGACUGAAAAACCUGACACGACGAGGCGAUUAAUCGACUUCUCUGUAACAGAAGUGUAACUGAUUAAUCACUGAAGCAGUUUUUAUGUCUGAAACCAAAACUUUUACUUACUCAAAAUCCUUGAAAUUCACGAUUUCUGCAGUUUUAUCAGAAUGUUGUUAUUUUUUAAGCUGCUACCUAAAAGAUACAGGUUAAAAUUUUAAAUCUAAGUACAAAGAUUGGCUUUAAAAAGGAUGUGAUGGAAACUUUUCAUUCUUGUUUCAUACUUUGUGUUGAACAGUUUUGUUAUGGUACACAAAAACUGUCCCGGUUAUUAAGUGUUUUCUUUUUCUUGUUUCUUUGGUAUCAAAUAUUUUAUACAUGCUCUCUCAAACCCAAAUGUUUUAAAAGAUUAUUUAAUUUCAGAGCUUUUAGAGUGAUUAAUUAGUCUAUUUGUGUUUUUUGCAUUCAUUUGCAGCUCACGUUGCAUCAUUUUGUUAAACACAGCCUCAAAUAUCUCUCUGUAAACAGCUCAGCACUCUGGGAGCCAGAUCUACCGCUCCACCAGGACCUCCGAGCCUCUUGUGAUACCAGCCCAUAUUGCCAGAGUUUAUCUGACUCCGGAUCAGCUCAGGCGGCUCCACUUCAAGCCUACCGCAGGCACCAUCCAGCUGUCUGAGGGCCAUGAGGCAAAAUUCAAUUGCUCCAUCGACAUCCCCGACGCCAGGCUGGAGCCCACCAUCGUCUGGGUGAAGAACGGUCUGGACCUGGCUGCAAACAUGCAGGUGGUGAUCAACGAGCUGCAGACCAUCACAGACGGGGUUACGACUCUCCUCUCCACUGUCAAGUAUGUAACACAUGCAGGUGGAGUAAUUCAUGUCAGGUGAAUUAUGCAGAGUUUUAAUGGACUCUCGCUCUGUGUUACAGCAUCAAUCAUGUGCAGAGGGUGGAUGCUGGGGAGUAUCGCUGCAGACUGAGCAUCGGCAACAGACUGGUGGAGUCUCAGCCGAUCACCCUGGAAGUGGAAGGUGAGAUUCAACCGUAGAGUGGAUGGAAAAAGGAUGUAAGAGACUGAAUUUACCCACUGGUGCUCUUUUGAAGCUUCCAGUUUGGCAUGUUACCUGUUGGCAUGUAGUUUUUCUGGAGCAAGAAAGGACCUCUGGACUUAAACACCAAUGCUAGUACAGAUUCUACACAUGAUCCAAUCCUGAAUCGACUCCUUUAGCAUUUCCUAUGUGGAAAAAUUUAGGUGUUUGCAGAGUUUUAUUACCUUCACUGCUCUGCUGAGGCAGGGUAACCUGACACAUUAUUGGGCCUUUAACCCUCCUCCCGUGUUAGGGUCUGCACCGACCCGUUUUUUAUUUAAAUGCUUUAAAGAACCACUUAAAUGAGCUUUUUUGCAUUGAGACUUUUUGACUUUGUCAGGAACCUCUAUUUUAACAAAAUAAAAACAAAAAAAUUAGAUUGACUAAAUUAUAAAAUGCUGUCAUUAAAAUUAUGGCACUUACCAAGUUAGAGUCGCUGUUGACCCAGUUAGAUUAAUAUCUAAUAAUUAGAGCAAAAACUGAAAUCAUAAGUGCGCUGUUAGGCACCAUGCUGACAGUCAGAUCCUCUUCCAAUUAUGUGAGAUUUAGGAAAUUCUCAUUUUGCCAUGAAUUUCCCUGCACAAUAAACAACGUUGGGCAUGUCCAGACAUGUGAGAUCAAUUCAGUGUAGAUGUCUGUAUGAAGGGUAUACUGACAAAGGGAGGCCCAGAGGCCCACUACAAAAACUAUUAUAAGCAUGAUUUUCAUGGAUAAUUAAGCCUAACAAGGUAACCUAGAGAUGAGGACCAAAUUGGAUGAGAGAGAAUUGUUUUUAGUGUAAUUUACAGCUGAUUUAAGACAGGGGUCAAAAUCGACCCUUAACAAGGUGGGUGCCUAGUAAAAGCUAACACAGGAGGCAGGUUAAAGGUCAGCUGAUUGAAGAUACAGCUUCUAAUUGGUCAACAGACCAUAACAAAGAUGGAAGUCUUCCUUAAAUAUAGUCAACCAACAACAGAAAUCACAACAUAUCACUAAAGUUGCACAAGUCAUAAAACCCUUCCUUUAAACAAAGUCGUCAUGGGCAAAGGAACGAACUACAGGACCAAAAGGUUCAUCUGUAAGAAGCUGCAAUAGUUUUUAAUUCUGACAUUAAGUUAAUCAUUUUAAUAUGGGCUUCUAUGGGGAAUGACUCACUUUUGGAAUCAGCCUCAAGUGACCGCAGGAGGAACUGCAUUUUUAGCACCUGUGUGUAACUUCAUUUCUCAGCUUUAAAGAUUCCUCUUUGGAAUGCCUUUAGUGAACUUAAAUGUUUCUUUCAUUGGUUUCCAGGUCUUCCAACUUUUCUCACACAACCUGAGGACAGAAACGUGACGAGAAACGCACCGUUCACGCUCUCUUGUGAGGCGGUAGGACCUCCAGAUCCUGUCCAGAUCCGCUGGCUCCGUGAUGGAUUACCUGACAGUGACUUUCAUAACUCUCCAAGCAGCUACUCUAUCGCAGGUAGGACUCGGGCUUUAAUCGCUUUACAUCUCUGAAGGUUGUCAUUUUUGACACACUAUUUAUGAGUCGGCGCCUGGUAGAGAAACCGAGGAUGUGCUUUGUGGCUUUUCAUGUCUACGUAGGAUUCACACUUGGUUCUUUUAUCAGUCUGAGCUCUGUUAAAGAAUAUUUUCCUCUUGUAAAACGACUUAAUUCAAGAAUGUGGUCUGAAAGUGUGUGUGGUAAAAACUUAAAAGUGCUUUUUGAUCAAGCUUUUCUUGUUAGUUUGUUUUCUCUGUUGUCAAAGAUUUUAUUGUCUACAAAACAUUAACACACAAGCUUCAGCUUAUUAAACCAAUUAACUUGUUUCACUUUGAUUAACUUCCUGCUGCGGCUGAAUGUGGAAACAUUUCCAACUGUCAAAGGUUAAAAAGUGUGCCGUGAGUUAGCAUCACUUCGUUGGUGGUGGUUUCUAUUCUGCCUUGUCCGUGCCGCCUCAGCAUCUGUGCUCUGCUUACUGUGAUGAGAUUUACAACCGUGGUCAGUGAUACCGGGGCCUCCUGCUGCACUUUCUGAAUGGGUUAACAGCGGUCAUUCACGCCUGGUCAGAGCUUUUCGUGACACUGUUUUGCUAGCUCUGUGCUAAAAUGCUAACUAGCUUCUACCUUAUCACUAACAUUAGGAUACAGAGGUGGCAUCAUUUCACACUUAACUGGAGAAAAACAACAAAAAAGUGCUGAUAAGCUGCUUUUGAAUGAGUUGAAGAUAACUUAAACUACAUUUGAAUACAGUGAGUGUGGUUAUUUGCAUUUAUUUUAUCAUGUUUUCUAGUUUUAUUCUAAAUUAAAUGUUGAUUUUAAUGUGAAUUUUUGUGGAGAGAAACCAAAAUAACCAACUCUCAGUGCCUUCUUCCUCUUUUAUGGCCUCCCCCUGAGAGCAAACAUUUAUUAUUAGAUGCCUAACCUUUUUGCUCUGUAUACUCAAACCCUUCAUUUCCAGCUCACCGCAGGCUAAACUCCUGCUGCUGUGGCUGCUGUUUGGUGAUACAGCCCGAAGCAGAGGGGGUUAAAGGUUCAGAGCUGUGCUUUGGUCCAGCAUGUGCAAGGGCCUGAGCAGUGAGGGGAUAGCGGGGGGGCUGCACAGGGAGUCUGUUCGGGGGGUUGGCUUCAGGGACAAAGGCCUCAUUGAAGGGACAGCCCACUCCAUCCAGCAGGGAGGGGCUGCACACAGUGGCUGGCAGGCUGCAGACUCUACCAUGCUCUGUGCAGGACCAAAUAUUGGCACAACAACACAGUAAAGCCCACUUCUCUGCACGUCACCUCAUGCAUACUUUAAGUCUGGAGCCUUUCAUUCCCUCUUUGUAGCACUGAGAGCUUUUAUUUUGUGAUUGGUUUAAGAUUGUUGUUUUAUUUGCAGGGAGUAACUAGCAUGCACUCUCAAAGUGAUGCGGAUGCUUUCUGACCAAAGUUUCAGUCUAAAUUAACCUGACUUCUUUGUUUGAAUGACUCAAUCUUAGCUGCUGAUCUUGUUUUUGGCACCUCAGCUUCGAUAACUCAAAGAAAAUCAAGUGACUUCAUGUGUAAAAAUACAGUCACUCUGCUGAAGCUCGAUCAAGUGUUUUCUUCUCUGGACUAUAUCUGCUGCCAGACUUUAAAAAUGGAAACUCUCAGGCAGCUCAGAGCCAGAGAACUUCCCUCCCUAUAAUUUCUGAUGUUUCCAUUUGAGAGGCCAAACCACCUAUUUUUUCUAUAGUGUUAUUGCUUCAUGUUUUGAUACACUAACCGACUACAGUGAAAGCAGAAUUGCAAGUGCAGGACCUUUUUUCAUUUCUCUAUUAGCAGAAAAUAUGACUAUGGAAGAAUUGAUACCUUUAUUGUGAUUGGAGAUUGAAACACACCCCGAUAUUUCGCUUCUGUGACCUUAGAUUGAUGCUUUACCGCAGACUUUCUGCAGAGGAUCUGUGUAUGAAACUACUCCCACUGAAUAAAUCCACUUCCUUGUUGUUAUAAAUUAGCACAGUAUUUUGGUAACACUCAUUGUUUAGCCACAAUCAUUCCAGAUACAAGCAUAUAUUAUUUGUGUAUGUUAUUAUCAUUAUUACAAGCUAGGGCUGGUGGAUCCUAAAGGGGAGUCAGAGCCUCUGAUGGGGGUUUGCAAGAUGGGUUCUAAAAACUCAAAAAGCUGAAGCUGCAGCAGCUGAAUUUCCUGCACUUGCUCACAAGUAGACUAGCUCAGUCUACCUGUAAGUUUUAAUCGCUCUAAAAAGUGCUCAACAGUGUAGGGCUGGGCGAUAUGGCCUCAAAUCAAUCUCACGAUAUAUUGAGCACUUCAUCUCGAUAACGAUAAAUGAACGAUAACUACUCCACAAGCUGCUCACCCCCUCCACAUUAACUUCAGCCGCUACAACUUUUGAACCGUCCUCCAUCUCCUCACCUAUCACCUUAGCUGAUAUGAUGAAUUUGAAGUGGAUUACGUGAAAGCAGAUAUAUCAUUCAGCAUCACUUUUCAUGCCACUGUAAUACUUUUCAUCCACAAAAAGUUUCCUUCAUCAGAAUUUUUUGUUCCCAGAGUUAUUUUCUCCAAACUGAAGCCACAGAAAUAAGAAAAACUACAGAAAUGUAAAACGUGGCAUGUGCCAAAUAACUGCAGGCUGUCAGGUUUUGGGGAUAGAGUUUGCAUCUUUUUUGUUUUUGACAAAGUUUUUAGCAUUUUUAACCUUUAUUUGUCUGGAAUAAUGUGUUUUGUUAUUCAAGUUCGGUUGAUUUACAACAACUGCAACUUUUUCACCUGCAAAUUUACACUCUACUUCACCCUGCAUCGACCUCGUGCUCAUACAUCUGAGUUCAGCUGUUUAGUGUGUUUCCCAGUCGUGUUUUGAAGUGGUUGAGUAAAUGAAAGAAUACAAACUCUGCUUUUUUCUUGUUGUUCCUUUACGCCGUGUUAAAAUAUUGCAAAAAUAACCGUCUUUAAAACCUCAGUCAAACCUACUUUGUGCCCACUUUGCGUUCCCCUUGUUUGCAGUUUGAGGAGACAUGUGGUGGUUUCAUUUGCACAGCUUGGCUGGAAACGCGCUGAUGUAUUUGCACAUUCCUCUCACUUCUCAAACAUCAGAUUUAUUGCACAGUUUUGAAUCGUAUGCCACAGAGUUCGCUUGAAAUGUUAUUGGCCUAACACGUGAUCACGUCGAUCUGACCCAGACAAAAGCGCUGACGGUUUUGUUUGUGUAAAAAGUUAAGCACUCUUAACUCUGUGCUAGCGAGAAGAGGAAAGUAAACAUAUGAGAUGGAGAACGUAAACAAAACAUCCCAGAGUUUGUUUCCAGUCGUCUCUCACAGGCCGCUCUGUGGUCAGCUUUGUUGAAGGGUUUCCGAGAUAGAGACACUCUGGAAAACAGAGCACAAAAGGGACAUUAUUCAGCAGAUGUCCCAGUUGUAUUGUAGCGGGGCAGAUCUGUGCGUUGAAAGACAGGAAUUGUGUGUCCAGGAAAGAGUCCGAGCUGGGAUUGUUGUCAGAGUGGAUCAGAGUGGAGAGGUUUGAUUUCUGCUCACGGCACUAGGCACUGCUGUGUGAACUUUUCAGGCAUGAUUAAAAAAAACGUGACUCCCCCUUAAAUGUGUAUUUUUAUCUUACUUCACUUUUGUUUUUCCACUGAAGCUGACAUCGCCCUUCUGCCCAGAUUCCUCUUUGUUCAUUCGGUCCAAACACAAACCUGAUGAGAAAAUGUCUGGCUUGUAGUUGAGAUAACUUUUCCCAGAAGUGAUAUAAAACCCUUGAGUCAGGGUCAAUUUAUCAAAACUCUCCUCCUCUUGACCUCGAUGAUUGGUACUUGUGACUGUUUUGAGGCCUAACAUGGUGUUCCUUAAUGUGUCAAUUGCAGGUGUGGACAAGUUCACUCAGUUCAGCUGUGAGGCCUACAACUCCAAGGGUGUCACGACCUCCAGAGAGGCGAAUAUCAACAUUAAAGGUAAAACCUGGUCUUUGGGGGGCUUUAACACAGUCCAGGGGUUUUUCAUGAUGCCUGCUAACCAUACGCUUCAGUAUUACAGAGUUAAUAUGUGUUUUUUAUGGUGGAUUUUAGUGCUCCCGCGUCCUGUAUCUGAUGUCACUGUGACGGGAAGGCAGUCCAAUAAGCUGCUGUUGAGUUGGACUCCUGGACAUGACGGUUUCUCUCCUUUGACUAAAUGCCACAUCAGGGUAAGAGAGCUAACAUGUAACACAAACUGUCAGUGAAACAUUUUGACCUUCUUUUCAGAGUUGCUUCAAAGUCACGCUUUGACUCAGAUUUAUCCCUGCAUGUUUUCCACUCGUUCAAGGUCAGAGAGGUGAGUCGCAGGAAAGGGGAGGUGAAGACCACUCGAUUCGUCAACGCCACCGUGCCUCCAUUCCAGAGCGAGGUCCCCGGGCUGCAGGCGAUGACGUGGUACAACAUGAGCGUUUCCUGCAGCAACGAGGUGGGAGCUUCUCCGGUCACCACGUGGAUCCAGAGCAACACCACAGAGGGAGGUGUGUGAGUAGUGGACGGACCAGGAAACUGUUUUUAAAUUAAAUUAAACGCCACACAAACCAGCAGUAAAAAAAAAAAAAAUAACAUGAAUAUAUAUUAAUGAUAAUGACAAUGUAGAAUAAUAUUAAUAAUGUAAUUGAUUCCCACUUGGCUUAAUUAGGCUGUUACGGCAAGUUAAGAGUCAAAGUACUCAAGCAAGAGGUAAUAAUAAAAAUAAUAAUUAUGCUAACUUUUAAUCAUAAUAAUAAUAAUAAUGAUAAAAAUAAUAACGAAAAUAAAAAAAUAAUAAUGAUAAUAGUAAUAUAGUUAUAAUAGUAGUAGAAGUAAUAAUAAAAAUAAUAAAAAAUUAAAAUUAAAAAUUGAAUUAGAAUUAGAAUUAGAAUUAAAAUAAAUCUUAUUUAAGAAUAAAAUAAAGUUUUUCUUGAUAGUUAUAAUAAUAAUAAUAAUAAUAAUAAUAAUAAAUAUAUAUAUACUUUUGAAAUGAUAAUGAUAAAAAAUAAAAUCAUAUUUGAAAUAACAAUAAAAAUAUGAAUAAUUCAUAUGAGACUUGGUUGAUUUGGGUGUUAUACUGUGGUUUACACUGGAUUUAGAGUAAUAUUACACAGGUAUAUAGAGAAGUGGUUGCACUGUAUUAUGACCCAGUUUCAAAAGAGGAACAAAUUUAAACAGUGAUGACUAAUAACAAGAAAUAAACCAGAAAAAAAAUACAUAAUUUGAUUACCUCAGCCCUUUUUCCUUCAGCUAAAGUCCUCAAACUAAAGCCAAAUUUUGUUUUUGCUUAUUAAGAGUUCAUUACAGGUCAUAUUUCAGUAAGAAAAAAAAAGAUUAAUAGUUUUAGUCUUCAUAAAACAUGAUCUUUUUUCUGGCAGAUAUUUGUUCAUCAGUUAUCACCCAUUUGUGUCCAGAUAUCUUUUAUCUUAUCUCAGAUUCUUUGGAAAUAUAUGAAGUAAUACUGCAGCAGUCAUGUCAAGAUGUAUAGAUAGAUAGUGUAUUAGUUCUUCGCAGGAAUUGACAGUGUUACAGCAGCUACACUCACUGACAUGUCAACAUCAAACAUGAAAACAGGUCAUACAAAGUUCAUGAUAAGUUUCCAUGCGGAUAAAACUUCUCUUACAAAUUUAAAAAGAUCUUCAGUGUUCCCACAUAUAUGAUUGUUGUUUUUGCAAGUAUAACCUUGAUUCUCAGUCCGGAUAUGAAAUAAAAGGAUAAAAAAGUGGAAGAUCCAGAUUCUUGACAUUUUUGUGAUCCAGAAUCCCUGCCAGCUCACACAGGUGUUCCUGGUUGUUAAAGCACAGGAGGCUUUGAGUCUGCAUAUCUUUAAAAACCACCUUGUGUAUUUACUUUAGAGAGAGAUCUUGUUAUGUUCCUGAAGGUUAUACAGAUGUAGUGAUAUAUAAUUAUCCUGUCCACGUUCCCGUCCAAGUGUAAGCCUCAGCAGCAGUAGCAGUUUGUAAUAACAGGAGCUCUAACACAUUGCACAACAACCUGCAAAAAAAUCUCUUAUCCUCUAAAUCUUUGCUGCUUUCCUGAAGGGUCACAUAGGAAAUAGGAGGUUCUCACUAUGAAAACACUGACUUCUUACUGGGUGGAGCUGCAUCCAAUUUCCUUCCUACAUUCACCACAGGGGAUAUUUUAGUUGAAAGAUGUGAUACACCGUGCCAGGAAGUGACCACAUACCAGACUGAAAUCAAAGAUUUCAAUCGAAGAGGCAGCAUCGAGUUUCUCUUUUAUUUUCACGCUCAAUAGCUUGGCUGUUUAUCAGAACUCAUGUGGUUUUCUCUCAUUGUUCUGAGUGACGUUUUGAUUCCUCUAUUUCUGAAAUCCACUUCUAGUGCCGUCAGUGUAUCCCAGAAACGUCACCGUACAUCUGAAUGAGUCAUGGCUGGUGAUCAGUUGGAAACCACCUCCGGAGGAUAAGAUAAACGGCAUCCUGCGAGGUUAUGAUGUCGUCAUCAGACACGGCGCACAAGUGAACAAGGUGAGCAUGAUGGCGUCAGACUGGACUGAACCCUGCUUCUAUUUUUAUCCUCCUUAGUUAAAUAGGUAUGCAAUGUAGAGCCAAAAAAAGAAAGAGGGAUUAGACAGGAGUGUAAAUAGACUUCAAGUAAUAAUGGCUGAUUUCAUUCCUGAGUGAUUUUGCAACACUCAGGAAUACUUUUUCCUCUGAAUGCCUCAGAUUUAAGUCCCCCCUCUGUUGCACAAGUUAAAGCCCAGGUCAGAAACACUCACUCUGCAGAAGCAGGUGCAGACACAGUGACGUCAACAAGUGAAAAUAUUGGUUUUCUAAAGAUGUCUGACACCAAUAUCACUACACAGACUGCUGUUCAGAUAUGCGCACAUGCGAAGUCUCAUUAUAUUUCUAUAAUUGACACUUUACAUCCCCUCCACCAGCUGCACUUUCCUAGGGUUGUAGCUCGAGUUAAAGGCAGCUGCUGUAAUGCUAUAAUUCUCUACUACCUGGAUGUAAACAAGCACAGAUGACGAUGUGACUUACCCCCAAUUUCCACCCCAUGCAGAAUGGCGGCGAAAAGGCCGUCGCCGCCAAUCACCGCUGAUCGUUUCCAUUCAAGUUAAUGUGUCAGUUUCCACUCGUUUCUUUCCGGCCCACUUCGUAGCCGAUCCCCAGGUUUCAAAAUAAAACAUCCGGCUUCCUUUCCAAAUAAAACACUACGUAUUUCAGGCGGAUUGUAUUUCACACCAUGCAAACAUGGGCGGGGACGAACAAGUCAAAGGUUUUCAGAAUUCAUUUCACCCCGUUGACACCAUGGAUGAGGAGAUGCUGAUUCUAGAAGUUUAUAAGUGGAUGUCCUCUUCUGGAAGGACACAAUCUACAGCUAAUAUGGUUAUGUGUCUGUCUUUAUAGAGACAACUCAUUAUCGCGCGAUUGCAUUUGAAUCUGUGGGUUCUUGUGAGUUCUAGUGAUUCCCACUGUUCAAGAUCCGCCACGAAAUUUGCCCCACAAACGUAUCCAGUUGGAAUUGACAGACGGCAGAUCGCAAAGCUGUUUGUAUGUGGUGGAAAUUUGGAGAAAGUGUGUCAUGAUUUUGAUCUAGAAUAUGCUGUUAAGGUUGUUUUGUCCAGUCACACCGGUAUGUGACCGCUCUGUUAGGGAAUUGAGUGACCAGUACAGGCAUGUGGAUGUGGACCACAAAAACCAGAGCAGCUAAAAAGAAACCAGACCAGCUGAUUGGCACAGAAAAGCUUAAAUUUAUACUCUGAGAUGACCUAAAUAGAAAACCUUUUUAAAAGUCUUUCCUGAUGGAGGAUCUCAGGCUCCUUUUUUCAUAUUUUUUUUAUUUAAUUCUGUUUUUAUCAACAUUUUACACAACAUCAUAACUUCUCCAGAGUUGGGGUUGUACGAAGACUUUUCCAUGUUUGUUUGAAGAAUGUUGAUUUGGCAGCAGUCUAUUUUUAGGAGUAUUAUUUUGAGAUUUUCACCUUUGUUAAACAGCUUUGAGAGAGACAGGGCGGCAUGCACUAAAUCCUGUCCAGACCUGGAUUUGAUCCCUCAGGGGGAAAAAGCCUCUUUACUGGACUUCCUGCUCUAAAGCUAGACUGGUACCCCAAGUUUUACCAGCGUCUGUUUGGCUUAAUUAAUGUAAAAUGAAAACUGUAAGUACAGCACGUAUUAAAUGAUAUAAGUGGAGUCAUAAUGUUGUGAGAGGAAGAACUUUUGUUUUUGUGACUUUCUUGUAACAAUGACUGAAGUAUGACAAACACAAAGAGAAUGUGUGCAUACUGGGAAUAUGUGACCCUCCCUUUGUCCUGCAUACUGAAGCAGAGGUCAGCUUCCUUUUAUCUAGAAACAACAGUUUUUCCACUUUCUGUCUACAUGUCAGGGAAAGUGUGACAUGACGAGUGGAUCCGUGUUUAUAAAGAUUCACUCUCUAAGAAGUGUCGCCUUUUAAAGAAACAAUAAGUGAAUAAAUUGAAUGUCUAAUACAUUAUUCCAUGAUGACAGUCGUGCUUCUAUGACUGCCUGUGCUCUUUACCACCACAAUAGUGAGUUUCCGUCCUUCCUGUCGGCGUCGUAGUUGGAGGAAGCUGACGGUGUGAAAACUGGUAUUCAGUGUUUUUCUUUCUUCAGCAUGUGGCCGUGAGUCAUUUCAGGCUGAAUGGAAUAUGAACACGACGGGAUGUGUACGUUAGGUCCAAACAUCCCCAUGCCUGCUGCAGUCUUCGGUGACGUGAUCGCACACAAAGGUUUGGUGACUGCAGCCGUGACUGGAAAUGUGCACAGAGGUGACCCGUGUUACAGUCAGACUCACCUGCACCUGCAGGACUUUACUGCAGAAAUAUGAAUCACCAAAGUAGGGCAACAGUUCAGUGUUUAUCCAUGUGGUGAGGAGAGUGUUUUUGUCUGCGCUGCAGAGCAAUAACUGAGUUAAUUUAGGAGCUAGCCUACCUUAUUGUGAUCGCACACGUCUGAGCUCACAUCUCAACAGCGUCUUGUCAGGACCCUUUUUUCUCUCUUUCUUGGCAAAAUAAAAUCAGCCAGAGAGCACUGCUGGUCUAAAGCUCUAUGUGCACCCCUUUAUACUGAGGUUAAGCCUCAAGCGGGUCAGCCCAAGUUCACUUCCAGUCUGUGGCUCCUUUCUUGCAUAUCACUAACCCCUCUCUCUCUCUCUCUCUCUCUAUCCACUGUCUCCUCCAGAUAAAAGUAAAACAUCCCAAAAACAAAUCUUUAAAAAAGAUUUAGCCCCGGAAAUGUGGUUUUCUUCUCAGGAAUUAAUUUCACAAAAUAUGAGACACUCUCUUUUUUCUGUUACAGCAUUUGAGAUGUCCAUGGAGGAGGAUUGAUGAUGAUUUCAGGUUACAGUAAAGUUCUGAAAACACAUCUCUGUGGUUUCAAACUUUGGUGUCAUCUGAGCGUGUGCGGGUCAUUGAUUGUGUGUUAGUAUGGACUCUGUACCUCCAUCUCCCGUUUUAUGCCUUUGUUUAGAAAGGACAGGACAGUGAAAAGACCUGGAAUUUAGGAGAGAGGGAGUAGGAAGUAACAUGCCACAGGGGGCAAUGCUUGAAACCAAACCUGGGCCAGCUUCUUCAGGACCUAAACCUUUGUACACGGGGCGCAUGCUUAAAAAUCAGGCCAAACUUGUGUCUCAAAUCAUAUAAAUUUUAAAACAUAUGUUAUCAUCUAAAAAGGGAGCGAUUUAACGAUGUUUCAAAGCAGUAAGCAAGUGUUUCUCUUUCUUUCUUGAACAGUGUUAUCACUUUUUAGCAGCUUUUCUUCCUCUUGACAUCGUGAUCAUGCUUUUAAAAGAAAUGGUGCUAAGCUAUUUGGCAAAAAAGUCUUGUUACAAGUCUGGUUAAAUUGAAAAACAAGUGACCUGAAGCAGUUGCACAAGUCUUAGCAAACUGGUUGUAGAUAGUUGAUCUCCUCAGCUCAGGAGAUCAUGGUUGGUAGCAGGAUGUGUGGAAACAGACGACACCAGAAAGAGUUUCACAGUUGCACGGAAACUGCACAGUGCUGAAAUCGGUGGAAGUCUUGGAAAGCCUUCUCCACUCAAAUUUCUGUUUUUACUUGAUGCCGCUGUUGUCUUGCCUUUGGUUUUGUACAGUCUAUGUUGUAGACCCUCCUUAGGACAGAAACUGGGGGAGUUGAGAGACGAAGACUGUCCAUGUUUACAAAUAAGUAAAGAAAACUUGACUGCACAGCUUUGAAAACAAAGGAUUUUCAGUUUCGUCCUGUAUGUGAUGCGGUCUUUGCUAUUAGGAGUUUGCAAUGUGAUAAUAUGUCACAAGGUGUUGAUGUUUAUGUGCAAAUUCACACAUGGAUGUGUUGUGUGGUUGAAGGUUUUCCACGCAGCUCGUUUUUAAAGUUAGAACAGACUGAAGUGUUUUCGUAGUCUGAGGUUUAUUCCCCAAAUUUGUCAUGGAUUUGUUGUCGUCUGUCCUCUAAACCACAUGUUGCCCGCUGUUUGGGGCCACAGACGUGAGAGUCUGUGAAUCAUGGGUUCAGCUGUCAGCACUUUGGCGGAGCAGAGGAACCCCAGAUGCUACGGCCCGGUGUUGUGAAACAGCGGACUGCGUCUGUCACAUGUUCCCUUCAUUUGUAGCACGAGCUCAUCCAGGAAAUUAGGCUCCUUCCCUUUUUUUUAGCAGGAGUUUCAUUAUGUACAAUAAUCUCAUGUUUACAGUUCCCUUGUAUUUUUCCAAAGAGGGUUAAUAACGUACAAGAAAACUGCUUCAAGGGACUUUUUAAUCCAAGCGCAUGAAGUGGAAACGAGUAAAAAGGAGAAAGAGAGAAGGGAGUGAAGAACCGUGGAGCUGGAUUUCAGAUGUUGCAGAAAUGUACGAGGUGUUCCAGCACUGUUAGAAAUCUUAUCCCUUUUUAAGAACGUGAUCGGUGUUUUGGUACAGUGUGCACAUUAAAGACACAGCUUUUAGAUGAGUCAGCGUUUCAACAAGAAUGUGGGAGUGACACAUUUUUUACAGUCUUCAGGGUUAGGUGACAAACUUAACGCAUCAUGAACUUUUUUACUUUGGGAGUUAUUUGUUUUCAGGAAAAGUCUCAGUUAUUUUUCCUCGUCAGUCAUUGUCUGUGUUCAGAGAUUUCUCCUCUAGAGAUUUGAAAUCAUUAUUAACUAUUUCAGAUGCCCACUUCAUCAGUCUUUAUUCAUAUGCUCCAAUUCAGUGUUUUAACUGCUUGUACGAAAGUUGUGCAUAAAUGUUUAUCAGACUUUUUUCCACACCUUAUGUUUGGUUUUUGUUACCGAGACAAAACGAUGGCACAAAAAUGUUUAAGAUGCACUGAUGGACAUUUAAAAUCUGUAUUUUUUUCCCACUGACUAGUUUGUGAUUCAGAAACUAAGCCAUUCAUUUCUGCAGGAAGCAGAGUUAUUAUCAUUUGCAACAAUUGCAUUCUCAUUUUCAUUCAUAAACUUUUCCUAAUGCGUGUCAGUGACACAGACACGUUACGUUUGUUAUUUCUGUGAACAGCUUUGUUUCAAAACAUCCAUUUACCCUCUCCUAGUCUGGAGUCAUGUUUGGAGGCGUUUCGUAAGAAUGACUUGCACUAAAUUAUUGCAGAAGAAGGUGAACUGAGUGAACUGUCCAGGGGCGUCACUUGGACUUUGGGACAUUGGGGGCUGAGCCCAGACUCCCCACCCCCAUGAACAGAAGUUAAAUAAAAUGACAAAAAGCAACAGAACAAUUCUUGACCUGAAUUAAAGAUCAUUUCUCUAUAUAACCUCAGUAGAUCAGCAGCAUUGCAUUGUGGGACAGUUUGGACUAAAUCAUUCAACUAAGACUUCCGAUAUUACACAAGUUCAAGUGUUAAAAAAGGGAAAUAUGCAGAUUUGAACAACCUAAUACUGAUCAAAAAAAGGUUGAAUCACUUUUGAGACGGAAAAAAGUUUUGACUAAAAUUAAUGAGUUUUUACUUGAUGAGACUAAAACUAUGAGGGACUGAAAAAAAAAAGCAGUUUUCUGUCAAAAGACUGAAUCCAAAAUGAACACUGCUAGUUUAAGUAAAAGGAGUAAUCAUGAGAAGUAACAUCACAAGCUGGACCUUUAAAACCUCAUUGAAUGGACGUAAAAGUGGAAGAGUUUCUUUUUUUAUGGCAAAGGUGGCUCACUCUCUUAAACAUACUGAAUAAGGUUUUUAUUGGAAAAGGUAGAAAUGGAUAAACUUGUCUUCUUGUCACCUCUGGACAUAAAAAAGGACAUUAACCCAAUAAAAUAUUUUAAAGAGACACUUUUAAAACUCUUUUACUGAAGCCUUUGACCGAGUUCAUGAAGUUUCUCACGGAGAUAAUGAUUAACCUUCAGGUGUCUUUUAAAGGAAAUCUUAUCAUGACUCUACACUUGACACACUUUAAUGAUAUCUGCUGCUGUGUUUCAGAUCCACAGUAACACCACCACGCUGUACGAAGCCGUGCAGGAAUUCAACGUGACCUACAGUGUGGAGGUGGCGGCGUGCACGCAGGCAGGGAGCGGCAUGGUCAGCCCACGAGCCUGGAUCUUUGUGCCAGGGGACAGUAAGCUGCUCUAUUGACUUAUCUCACCAUCUGGAAACUUUAACUAUUGGAAAGCAUAGUUUAUCUGAUGCACUGAGCUGGUAACAUCACCAUCUUAUAAAUAGAUGCGAAACCUUGUGGGGUUUCAAUCUGGAUUUUAAAUCUUCAUUUGGGACAAAGUUCUCAUGAGACAUCAAGUUAUUUUGUCCAGAUUGAAAUGUCAUCAUCUGUAGGAUUUUGGACAGACAUUCAUUGUCCUGAGAGGAUAGAUCCUUGUGACUUCUAUUAACUGUUUGUUCAUAUUCUUGAGGUAAAAUCAACAGGUACAGAGAGACCCUGACACAAGUUUAGACAUUACAUACUUGUUUAUUCAGACUUUCUUUCUCUCGUCUCAGAAUCAGCGGUAACCCCAUCGUCCACCCCUGACACAGGGGUUCCAGACUCCGUCUAUGUGGUUCUGGGUGUGGUCUGCGGCUUCUGCCUGCUGCUGCUGAUCCUCUGGGGGGCUAUCUGUGUACACAACAGGACUUCUGACUCUUGGUUCGGGUAUGCGAACUAUCUUAUCUGUUACUGUCUUUGCAAACACACUGUUGAUUUAAUUACCAAACUCGCUCCGACUUUCAAUAACUGUCUUUGACCUGUUUUUCUGUGAACUUCCUCUUUAAUCUGAUUUUUUAAACUGGUUACAGGAAGACUGAGCUUUUGUAGCUUCUUUCUGAAUGCGCUAGAAAACACUCAGAACUUUGGGGAGUCAGUCUCUGCAAAUUUAAUCGUUUCUAGUGGCUUUUAAAACUGCAGGAAGCCUCUUCAUUAUGCUCUGAGCCCACUGAGCCUUUGAUAUCUUUUAGACGUCUUGUCUUAGUUUAGACAGAAAUUUGCUCAUCUAUAAUCGGUUUAUAUUUUAGCUCCAAUCUAGAUGAUGGAGUUUAAUCCAUUAAUUAUUAAAUAAUAAAUAAAAACCAACUGUAACGAUGGCCAAAUGUUGGAUUAAAACAUUUUUAACAGUCAUUGAUCAAUGCACUGUGUAGUUUAGUCUCUUAGACGGCUCGACUAAGCUUACCAGAUGAUGGCUAAAAAAACUAAUUUUUAGACCAGUGUUAGAUCGAUUUUAACCCAUGUCUAAGGACCAUUAGACGUCUUUUAAACGUCUUUUGGACUGAAAAAUGCUCGGUGGGAAGCACUGCCGCUUGUGCUGAUAGAUUUACUCUCAUAGGUCCAGAAAGAUAAGAUACUGUGAAAUAAAACUAUUUUAACAUAUUUUGUCUCUGUUUUUAAAAAGUGCUGUUCAAUAUGCUGCAGUUCAAUUAUUCUGCUUUGUUCACACAGUACUUUGACUUCAGUGUAAAUUAUAUCCAAGCAUCUGCACUUUCAUCCACCUGUUCAUCAGUGUGUUUCUCCAGACUCCUGAUUUAACCUCAUUGCAAUUAUUUAUUUGGCUUUUCCUUUCCCAGAUAUCACACUGGCUCACUCUUAGUGUCAGGUUAUUUAUGUCCUUCUUAUGUGAAUCAUUUCAUUUUACAUGAUUUACGUGAUAAACUGUCCGACAGAUUUAAAGCUGCAGUUAUUUUUGCGCCGAUACCUGGAAGUAUUGUGUAACCUUUUCCUAUUGUAAAGCUCGAAAACUUCCUGGCCCUGUUAAUAAACUGCCUUUGCUUCCUCUUAAUCACUACUGCCUGCACCUGAGAGCAGUUAAUAACCGUGCAGCUGGAGCGACGCACAACAACCAGCUGUGACUCAGCGCUGCCGAUCAGGACACGGACGGGAAUGUGUCACAGGCUGCAGCUCUGAUAGGAAAACAGACUCGGAGAGCUUCCUCAGACCGCCCCUUCAGCUCCGUCCUGGCUCCUGAGUCUGUUUGUGAUCAGAAAGCUCUGAUGAUCAUACACUCAUGCUUUAUGCUUUCUUAUUAUCUGUCUCCCUCUGCAGGCGGAUGUUUGGAGGUGAAGAAAAGCUGCAGCCUAUUGUGCAGUACCAGAGAUCCUACAACCGCUCAGUUAUAGGAGUCACACGUACGUUCUUCUCCUUCAAAAAUCCUCAUACACAGGCACAUAUAGACCUGACAUUUCAGUGGGAAAAACCACACCAGCUACAGGAUGAAUCAGGAUUUCACUGGAAUACUGUUUCUGACUUGACCUUGAAUUCUUGGGAAGUUUAUUUAGGAUCUGCCUCAGCUGCUGGACUCAAUAAAAAACUUUAUAGAUGGGAAAAAAAGAUGGUUGGAGGGAGAAGUGCAGAAAACUGGAAGAGGAGGAAAGAGUCCUGGUUACUGCUUGCAAAUUAACUCAAUUGCAUUGGGGUUAGACAUCCAGUGCUUGCAGAUUAACAUAAUGCAAGUUCUGUUCAAUUAAAAAAGUGCAGCUUUGCAUCAAUGCAUGAAGAAUUUAAUAGAAAUUUUUGCAUAUUUUGUUAUUUAAUAAUUGAAGUCAUCAUAUGUCUUCUCCUCUUCAGUGUUUUUCUGUUUUUCACUUUUUCCUCCACAUUUUAACAGAAAUAUCUUUUCAAAUUCACCUUUAAGUUUUAAAUUUUUUGAAAUCUUGAUUUUGCAUCAUUGUGAGCCUCUUUCUCUGUAUUAAACCACUUUUAAAUGACUGUUUAGGGUUUUUUUGCCUGUAUUUAAAGGAGACAUUAGUAGAGAGAGAAAGGAAACUGAGGGGCAAGAAUGGGGGAUGAGAUUUGAACCUAAUCCAAACCGGUGCUUCCAUUAACCUGAUGUUUGGUUUAUCCAUCUAACUGGUGUGCAAAGUUAAUGUGCAGUAUUUGCAAUUUAACUUCAAAUAAGUAAGAUUUAAAGCUCCUGUAGGGGAACUUUCUGUCUGUUUAAGUUUUGGUGCUAGCUCUUAACAAAAUGAAAUGUCUGACCUCUUUGCAGAUCAUGUCCUGCACAUGCGCAAAAAGUGUUUCAUGAUGAAAAAUCUUGAACUUUUUUCUUUUAAUGAUAAAAUUUGUUGCUUUUUUGUUUAUUUACUUUAGAAAAUGUAGAAACAGUCAGUUUCCUGACCUGUUAAAAACUCCCUCACUGUAGCUUUAAGUAUAAACUGUCUGCAGGGGUAGUUUUCCCUAACACACAGUGUCUCGUUCUGCAGUGGGAAACCUCGGCAUCAGCGAUGAACUCCAGGCCAAACUUCAGGACGUGAUGGUUUUGAGGAGCUUGCUCUCCAUCGGGAAAAUCCUCGGAGAGGGUGAGUCACUGUUUCAAUUUUUGGAAAAACUACGUGUGGAUUAAAAGUCUGGAGUAUUUAUGAUUCAGUUCUUCUCAAUCAGGUGAAUUUGGCUCUGUGGUGGAGGGACAUUUAAGACAAAUGGACGGGACAUCAGAAAGAGUGGCUGUGAAGACGAUGAAAUGUGAGCCUCUUAUUUCUACAAACCUUUAUCUAGAGAACAUCAAACAGGUGAAAACAGCAGGUAACCUCCCUCUGUUUUCUUCAUAUCAGUGGAUAGUUUCUCCCAGAAGGAGAUUGAGGAGUUCCUGAACGAGGCGGCCUGCAUGAAGGAUUUUAACCAUCCAAAUGUCAUCAGACUCCUGGGUGAGUCUGAUAUGAUUAGUCAGUAAUAAUUGCACCCCUUCCCCACUUUAAUUUGCACCUCUUUAACAUUAUUAAUGCGCCCUUCUUCACCCCCUUCAGGUGUGUGUUUGGAGGUCGGCCCUGGAAAUUUUCCCAAGCCCAUGGUCAUCCUGCCAUUCAUGAAAUACGGAGACCUGCAUAGUUUCCUGCUACGCUCACGCCUGGGAGAGAGUCCGGUGGUGAGAUUCAAUAAACAAAGAUCGAUGUUAUAUAAUAAAACAUAAAUGUUAGGAAUGUUAUAAAUGUUAUUGUGUGGUUUCUUUGCACAGUUCUUGCCCACUCAGACCCUUCUGAAGUUCAUGGUCGACAUCGCUUUUGGGAUGGAGUAUCUCAGCGGGCGUAACUUUCUGCAUCGAGAUCUGGCGGCUCGCAACUGCAUGUAGGUCAAAACUUAAAAAUUUAUUGUAAUAACUGUGUUUUUAUUUCUGUCUAUUUUCCUGAAUCAGCUGACUUUCAAUACAGCAAAUCAAAAGUCUAACAGCUAUUGUCCUGUUUUUGUCUGUGUUGUCCUGCAGGCUGCGCGACGACAUGACAGUGUGUGUGGCAGAUUUUGGGUUAUCGAAGAAGAUCUACAGCGGAGAUUAUUACAGGCAGGGCCGGAUCGCCAAAAUGCCGGUGAAGUGGAUCGCAGUGGAGAGUUUGGCAGACAGAGUUUUUACAGUAAAGAGCGACGUGGUGAGUCCCUGUGUGUGUGUGUCACCGCUGUAUGCCGUCAGUAAAAGAAGAACUGAGCCCUCGAUUAGCCGACUCAUGAUUUUGAGAAAUGUUUGUCUGGGAUCCACACAGCACAGUCAGCUGAGUUUACGCUGAUCUAAUAACUCAACGUUCCUCCUCAGGGUGUGGUAAAGAGCAGCUAUCAGAGUUUUGUUUUCUUUUGCAAAUUUUCCAUCCUUGUGCAAGUUUAGUGCUGACAGGAAGAGAACAACGAGGAUGUAGAUCCAGUUUCUGCUCUUUUGGACACUUUGGCUUUUCUGCACUUACAUAAUUAUAAAGUUUGGAGGGAAAAGGAUGUAUAGAUUAACAGUCAUACAUUUAAAAUCCUAAUACUGUCACUCUGUGUUUUGCAGUGGGCAUUUGGGGUCACCAUGUGGGAGAUUGCAACAAGAGGCAUGACGCCGUACCCCGGUAUCCAGAACCAUGAGAUUUAUGACUACCUGCUGGAGGGACACAGACUGAAGCAGCCGACAGACUGUUUGGAUGAGCUGUGAGUGUCUCGUCUAUUUAUUCAAAUGUUAAAAAAAGUCAUGUUUUUGGUAUGAGAAAGAGCGGUUGUUGAUUCAAACAUUAAAGUUGUUUUGUAGUUUUAACUCAGUUGGAAAACAGCUCCAGAUUUCUCUCAUAACAGAGAAAACUGAGAGUUCAGACGAUGUUUUGCACCUUGUAAUGUCGACUCCACUAUCAUUCAGCUGUCUGGUAACAAAUUCACAAAACAGUGAAGAAGACAGACCGUGCAAACACCUAAAAGUAAAUUAAAAUACCUUGGUGAGCAAAACUUCUAAAACUAAACUACUAAGGAUCCUGUAAGACUCAACGACAGUGCCAUCUCAUUGGUUUGUUGUUUUAUUUUCUGGUUUUAUUCUGAUAUGAUUGGUUUUAGAAAUUAAAGUGCUGAUGGUAGAUAAAAAUCUACACUUUUAAAAAGGUAUAGCACUUUAAAAAGUACCAAGCCUCUUAAAUUCAGCCUCUUUAACCUUCAAUAAAACAUCCGCACAUGAGGCCGAUCAUCUGUUUGGAUCUUGUACGGACUGCGUCUAAAGCCUUUUAAGUCAAAGUAGUCGGCUGAAUCCUGAGAUGAUGGGGACUUUGCAGCUGUCUCAGGAUCUUCGCUCGUUUGUCUUGUGAUCGUGACGUUGAAACAGACUGUUUCCAGUCCAGAUUAUUUCAAAACCCAAGGAAUUGAAGGGAUAUUCCGGGCGUAAAAUUAAGUUAGGGUCAAACACACUGUAACACUGAGUCAGACAACCCCCCGAGAGAUUAUCAACUUUAGUAACGACUGCAGAUAGCAGGAAUUUGCUCCCAUUGUAUAUGAAUCUGGAUUUAUUUGUGUCUUUUAUUUUCCCCGCUCUAGGUAUGAAAUCAUGUACUGCUGCUGGAGGGCUGACCCCGUAGACAGACCCGCCUUUACACAACUGCGGGAAAUGUUAGAAAAGCUCACCGAAAAGCUCCCGGAGACUUCCAGCAAAGAAGAUAUCAUCUAUAUUAAUACCAGCUUCCCCGAGGAGGACCCUGAAGGAGAAACUCUUCCUGCUGAGCACCCUUUGUUUAGCUCGUCGCCCCCCUGUAGCCACCAGAUAGCAGAAAACUCAGUCGUCACUGCGGACAUUCACGGGAGUCUGGAGGAAGAGGAGGAGGAGGAGGAUGAUCGUUAUGUGGUGGUGAUUUCCUCGGACCCCUCUCUGAGACCUCCCGCAGCGAACACUCCUCUUUUAACAAGUCGUACAAACGGGGACGCGGUUACUGAAGCAGGACUGGGUGAUCACAGCUCCAGUGACACCUCCCACCUGCUGUAAAGACCUGAACUGUCCUGAAAAUGAAAUGCCUCAUUGCACUGGGAGCACCUUUUGUUGUACCUGCAGUUAAUGCGUUACAUGGCCAGCCUACAUGUCAGUGUUAGGAGUUAUUUCUCCGUGUGUGUCUACUUCAAACAUGCUCACGCACAUGUUUCAUAAGCUUAAGAUAAACUGAACUGUGAACUUGUUUACUGUACUGGAAUGUUGUGUUGCAUUGUAAAUAUAGAAAUGUACAGAACAUUUUUAAAGUGAUUUUAUUUACUGUAAAAAUAAAUGAUUCCUGUAUUUCUCCAUUAAAA